CUGUGAGACAUCCAAAUGGAGGUGUCAGAUAAGGAGUUGGAUGAAACUCUUUUCUCUCCACUGGUCACCCCGGGUUCCAUCUGUGCUGUCUUUGGCCUGAGAGGAGUUGGCUUUUCAGUCAUCAUGGGCUGUAAGUCGGCUGGUGCUUCCAGGAUCAUCAGAAUUGACCUCAACAAAGGCAAAUUUGAGAAGGCCAUGGCUGUAGGGGCCACAGAGUGCAUCAGCCCCAAGGACUUUACCAAGCCCAUCAAUGAAGUGCUGUCAGAAAUGACAGGCAACAACGUGGGCUUCAGUUUUGAAGUCGUUGGGUGUCUUGACACGAUGGUUGAUGUCCUCACAUUCUGCCACUCAAACUACGGGACCAGUGUGGUGGUAGGUGCUCCUCCAGCAACCAAAAUGCUCACCUAUGACCCUAUGCUGCUCUUCACUGGACGCACAUGGAAGGGGUGCAUUUUUGGAGGUUGGAAAAGCACAGAUGAUAUUCCAAAAAUAGUGACUGACUUCCUGGCAAGGAAAUUUGACCUGGACCAGUUGGUAACCCAUGUUUUGCCUUUUAAAAAAAUCCAGGAAGGAUUUGAACUGCUCUAUUCAGGCCAAUGCAUUCGAACUGUCCUGACAUUUUGAGAUUCUAAGUGGCAGGAGGUCUGUGUUGUGAGGUGGCCUGGAGCUUCCCUUUCACAUGUUUACUGAGCUGAGACCAUGGAGCUGCUUCAUAAACACAAGCAGGAACAGGUGGUUUGAGAAAGAUAUAGAACCUUUAUGAAAUAAAUAUUUGCAGUUGUAUGAGUAACUGGGAAUUAGC